AUGGAUCUACUUAACAACUGGUAUUUUCUGAGAGACUUACCGCUUCUCAUCACUACUUCCUCAAAUUUACAUUCCUCGAACUAUGGCGGAAUCUCGAAAUACCUCUCUAAUACCAAUGUUCAGCUUGGUGCUUCCUACAGUGCAAGCCAACAAUCAACCUCGAAGUAUGGCGCAGGAUGCGAUGCAGCGACGAAGUACAUGAACGCCAAUCCAGGGGAAGUUGUCCUCGGCGCAUCAACAACGCAGCUAUUCCGCAACCUCUCAUUCUCCUUGAACUUCGAAGCUGGGGAUGAAAUCAUCUUAUCGAAAGUCGACCAUGAAUCCGACAUCGAUCCUUGGCUGGACAUGGCCAAACGCUGCAACAUGACGAUCAAGUGGUGGUCGCCAGCCAGCUCUGUCAAUCCCAAGUUGACCCCCGAGUCGCUGAAGGCCCUUCUAUCUCCCAAAACCAAGUUCGUGGCAUGUACUCAUUCAUCAAACAUUCUUGGAACCAUCCACGACAUUCGCUCAAUUGCGCAGACGGUGCACUCGAUCCCGGGAGCACUCUUCGGUGUCGAUGGUGUUGCUUACGCGCCACAUCGUCAGAUUGACGUGAAAGAGCUGGGAGUGGACUUUUAUGGAUUCUCGUGGUACAAGGUGUACGGGCCUCAUAUUGCCGCACUUUACGCAUCCAGCGCUAUCCAAGACAGGCUGCAUCCCAUGGGUCACUACUUCAACCCCACGGCUACGCUAGAAGACAAGAUCGGUCUCGCAGGGGCAAACUACGAGCUGACCCAGUCCAUUCCACUGAUCGUGUCGUACCUCGGCGGCGAUUCUCCGAAGCCGGUCUUCGAGUCUAUCGCCAAACAUGAAGAGAAACUGCAAUCGAUCCUCUUGACGUACCUCAUGUCUCGCAAAGACGUCAUGAUCCACGGAGAGACUAGUUCAGACUCCUCUCUACGGGUUCCAACGAUCAGCUUCACGGUAGCUGAUGUCAGCUCUCGUAAGGUCGUGGAGGAUGCGGAGAAGAUAUCUAACUUUGGAUUUCGAUGGGGUCAUUUCUACAGCAAGAGGCUUUGCGAUGAGGUCCUCAAACUUGGAUCGGAAGGGGUAAUUAGAGUGAGUAUGAUACAUUACAAUACUGAAGAGGAGGUCAGAUCUCUUGUGGGGACGUUGAAGAAAGUUCUUCCGUAGGUUCGUAACCUAGUAGAUGAGUUUUGCCAUGCGACUAUCAAACUUAGUUCAUCUCACGGUUUUGCGUUUUAAAAUCA